AUGGAUUGGACUAAUGAGUCUAUGGUUAUUUUAAUUUUGAAUUUGGGUAAAACUGGGUUACAAGAUGACUAUAAUUUUGAACAUGCAAUACGAUUAUUACCAUUACCUGAACAGGCUAAUAUCUUAAAAAAGAAAUUUCGUAAUGAUCAAAUUAAACAUUUAUGUAAUAAAUUGUUACAGUACUUUGGAUGCUUGAUUAUGGUAAAUCAUUAUGAUGAUAGGAAAUUAGGAGAAUUGAAGUUUGCCAGAGAUAAAUUUGGAAAACCAGUGCUACAAGCGGAUAAUCUUAAUAUAUCAUUCAGCAUGUCAAAUGGGGAAGAAUACGUUUGUAUGUAUAUUUGGAAUCAUGAAAAUGAUCUUCUCGAUUAUGAAGUUGGUAUAGAUAUUGCUUCUAUAAAUGAUUUACGAUGUAAGGAAGAAUUGGAGUUAUAUACAGAUAUAUUCACAAAAGAAGAAUACAGGACUUUAUACGAUUGCUCAAAAGACGAAAUUCAGAAACUUUUUGCCCAUUAUUGGUCUCUAAAAGAAAGUUAUGCAAAGUAUUUGGGAAUUGGGUUAAAUAUUGAUUUAAAGAAAGUGGACAUUGGGUCUAUUGAAAAAGAUCAACUUAAAAUAAGUAAAUAUAUUGCUGGUAACUUGAUAGAGUUUCAAACUUUUUGGAUCCAACCGAAGAGGCAAGAAGUUAUAUCUAUAUGUUAUAAUCGGAGUAGCUUGUCAGAAAAGGCAAAGAAUAAUGACAAAUGUGAGGACUGUAUUCCUACUAUAGUAGAAAUAUCAUUUAAAGAACUCAUACAUUAUUUAAAACCUAGGUGA